UGACAACCUCUCAGCAGAGAUUGGGUCAGUAUCUAUUGAGCCAGAAGUUGUCAAGGCUCGACUUUCGCUCUCUUCUCCAAGAGUUUCUCUCGCCUCAGCCAGCGCCGCCUCGAGUUCCUGGUCCUUCCCACCACGCUUCAGCGCGACCUUCUCAAUUCGUUUCAGAGCAUUUCUCAAUCUCUGAUUCUCAUCUUUGAGAGUAUUGAACUUUGAGGCAUGUCUUUUGCGAUACUCGCGCUGCGCAACUCUGCUGCGCUCCCGCUUUGGCUGUUCAUGCAUGUUAGGUGGUUUUUGGUAACAAUAGUUUCUGCUUGGUAAUUGUGAGAUCCACAUACAUCGGAAUUAUCUCCAUUUCCCGGAGGUGACAUUUCAAUGGCAUGGGCAGUUUGAUGACGAUGUUGGAGGAAUAACGUUGCUGACUUACCAAGAGAGGAUCGAUAACGUUAUGAGGCGUUAUGGUGGCUGGUGGGGUAGUCAUGUAGCAAGGGUGAGGCGUCAGCGCAUGAGUAAUGUGUAACGCAACUCAACGUUGAGCUCACGAUGCUCAGUGAAAGAUGCUCAUGAAAGGAUUCACAAAGAUGAAGGAUGUUGGGCCAAAAAUGUAUAUAUAGUGUGAGAAGGUCGAAAAAAAGAAAUGAAAUCGCUCUCAUUCAGUCACUAUUUAUUCACUGUAUAUUCACUAUUCAUUUACACAUCUCAUCCUCGCUUAAGCGUCAAAAAUGGCAUCUCCAGUCAAGACACUUCACAAGACUUCAUAUCCGUCCAUCUCUUCACUUCGUCCUGAGCUCUCCACCAAAGGAAAGAAUGCUGUAAUCACAGGCGGUGGCUCUGGUAUUGGUGCCAGCAUUGCCAGGUCAUUUGCAAAAUCAGGCAUCACCAACUUGGCUCUUCUUGGCCGAACAGAAAGAACACUCCUCGAAAACAAAGCCUACAUUGAAGAAAAAUACCCCGAAACUAGAGUCUGGACUUGUACAGUCAACAUCGUCGACGCUGACUCAACUCGGUCUGCCCUCGAAGCUUACACCACUGCAAUCAAUGGAAAGAUUGACAUUCUCAUCGCAAACGCUGGAUACAUGCCCAAGACCGAGCAUGUAACCGUGGCAGAUCCUGUCGAUUGGUGGCUCACAUUUGAGAUCAACAUCAAAGGAAACUUUAACCUCUUGCGAGCCUUUGACCCUCUCGCCACUCCCGGAGCCACGGUCAUCCACGUAUCCACAAGCGCAAUGUACACAGAGUUCAUGCCCGGAUUCUCAGCCUAUCGUGGCUCAAAGCUUGGAGCUUAUAAAGGGUUUGAAUGGUAUGCAAAGGAGAACCGAGACAAGGUGGUUAUACAGUUUCACCCCGGACUCAUCAUGGACACGGCCAUCACUCGACCUCUCGUGGAUGUCGUCAAGGACUAUGGACUUGUUCCGGAGGAUGUGUCACUGCCGAGCGACUUUGCUGUCUGGGCUGCGAGCGAUGAGGCCAGGUUUCUGAGUGGGAGGUUUGUGGAGUGUAUGUGGGAUGUUGAGGAGCUCAAGGCGGCGAGGGAUAAGAUUAGGGAGUCAUGGGAGAAGUUUACUGUUGGGUUGGUGGUCUAGACGACUACGAUGUGUCAACCUGACUUUUCAGUUUCACAGGAGCGGGGCAAGACAGAAUAGAGUACAGGGUUUUAUUUUUAAAGUUUCGUUCUCAUAAAUAUAAGCUCAAG